GCCCGGGUUGCCGUCAUAAAUAGAGGACCAUCUGUCCCCCUGACACGGAUAUCUUUUUGCACCUUUCCCUUCCCUGCAGGAGGCAUGGUUUAAAUCCAAGAGGUUCUUUUGCGGUCGCAAAAUGGAGAGUAAGAGAAGCGUAGGUUAAGCAGAACCCAACCUCUUCUGAGACCUGUCCGGCGGAACCGAAAUGGACUUCCGGAGCGAGAAAAGCGAUGAUUUGGACCACAAUGGCAAGAUCACCGUCCAGCUGCUAAAAAGCCGGACGGGAGAAUUCGAUCUCGAGUCCAUCCUGCUGUUGAAACUAAGAGGUCUGGGGAUUUUGGAACUGGGCUGCCUCGGCGAGUGCGCCAGCUUGGAGUGGCUCGACCUGUCGGGCAAUGGCCUGACCCACCUGGGCCCCCUCGCCGCGCUCAAAGCCUUGACUGUGCUCAAUGUCGCCGCCAACCGUAUCUCAAACCUGGAACCGCUGAGUGGCUGUGAGAGCCUGCAGAGUCUCAACGCAUCCGGCAACCAGCUGCGUAACCCGCAACAGCUGCAGUGCCUGACCGGGUUGCGGCAUUUGGAAAACGUGCGCUUCCACAACGGCCCAGCCCGGCUCAGCAACCCCUUCUGCGCCACCCCUGGCUACCCGGCCGUCCUGGCGGAAAUGUUUCCGCGGGUGAAAGUGAUUGACGGUGAGCGGGUGUCCGGGCGGGGUAGUGAGCUCUACCAGCUCUGCAAGGAUCUGGACUGCUCGCUGCAGCGUUGCAACAACAGUGGCGGUCUCAGCGAGAUGGCCAGCCGGGCUCAGCCCUGGGUGGAAGAGGGCUACUGGGAGGUCCAACCAGCCAGGAGAAGCUCCAUCAUGGAGGAGGCCUACAAGCAGUUCAGUGAGGCUUUGCUGGAGUGCCGGGAGUUGAGCAAGCAGGCUGACCACAGCAUCAACCAGGCUGAGCGGGCGCUCGGCGGGCGUCCCGAUGCCAACUCAUAUGUUUUUUGAGGCUGCUGGCUGCCAAGCGUCAGAUGCGCUAGUGGAGGGUUCUACGGAUGACUGCCGAUGGCCAACUCACCAUAGCCAACUCACCACAACCAACUUGCCAUGGUCAACUCUCUAUGGCCAACUAGCCAUGGCCAAAUCUCCCCAACCAACUCAUCACAACCAACUUAACACAACUAACUUGUCAGGACCAACUCGUUAUGGCUAACUAACCAAGGUCAACUCUCUGUAGCAAACUAGCCAUAGCCAACUCUCUAUGGCCAACUCUAUGGCCAAUGCUCUAUGGCCAAUUCGCCAUGGCCAACUCUUUAGAAAGGUUGCCAAAGGUGGGACGGAACGAAAUGGGAAGGCCAAGAAUUAAAAUCAUUUUCAAAUUGGUAAAUCCUUUGAAAAAACUGUAUUGUUGAAUUGUUCUGCAGCGAGUUGACCAUUGCUGAUUGGUCAGAGAGUUGGCCACACCGAAUUGGCUACAAGGAGUUGGCCGCGGUGAGUUGUCCCACGCCACUUGGGAAGGGCUGUGGGGAGCUGUCCCACCACAUAUUGGGAGGAACACUUGCCCCGCCCUUCCCUUCACCCCUCUGCCCGCAACUCAUUUUUCCCGAACCCCCCCCCUCAAAAAAGGGAGGAGGACCCUUACCCAACCGUUGGCUCUUCCUCUCGGCUUCCUGUCAGUGUUGGGGGGGGGACCUGCAAGGACACCUAUGCCCCCCCCAAGGGCUGUGGUCACUUCCCAGGUAGGCAGAGGUGGGAUUCAGCUGGUAGCAUAAAUUUUGACCAGUUU